ACAAUUUCUUACUCAGAUUUCAGUGUGGUAGUACAAUAUUUUAAAAAGUUACACAAUUAAUGUGCUAAGUACAGUAUCAGUGUAUCAAGAAAAUCUUAGUCCCAGGAGAUACAACCCAACAUAUAAAAUGUUGAUGUCUCCUAAACAACCCAGGAGAGACUGGGACACUGGAGAAGAAGGCUCCCUCAUUGGUCGAGGAAUCCUGGAUGAGAUGGAGAAUGAGGCGCAGCACAUUCCUUUUUUCACGAAACUCUUUACACUUUCUCAAGUUGUAGGUAUUCUGUCUGUAGUGCUGGUAGGGGUUUGGUGCGGUUAUUUCCGUGGAGGGUUUGCUUGGUUCAAUGACCCCACGCUGCAGUUCAAUUGGCAUCCUUUUUUAAUGACACUUGGAUUGGUCUUCUUUUAUGCCAAUGGGGCUAUGAUCUACCGAGGGUUUCGUUCUGAGAAGAAGAAAAAGCUGAAGAUCCUACACAUGCUGAUACAACUGAGUGCCUUCAUUUUCUCCAUUGUUGGGCUUGUAGCUGUAUUUGAUUUCCACAAUAAGAGCCACCCACCAAUUCCUAACAUGUACAGCCUGCACUCAUGGGUUGGACUCUGCACUGUCAUAUUAUUUGCAUGUCAGUGGCUGGUAGGAUUACUGCAUUUCCCCUUUUCCCCGGUUUUUCGCCCCCCUAACACAGCAGCAGCACUCAGCAGCAGCUCUACCGGAGCAGAAAGAAACAGCAGCAGCAACAAAGAAACACAAGGAAUCAGAAGCAGAAGUAAAGGGAAGAAGAAAGCAGAAAAGGCAGAAGAGGAAGCAGCAGCAGGUGGUUCAUUAUCAAAUGGACAUUCGUCAACAGCGGCAGUGAUCAAGCGGAACUAA